AUGGUAUCAAGGGUAGUCAAAAAGCCUAGACCUUCUAGGGUGUGUGUCCAAUGUAAAAAGAGGAAAUUAAGAUGUGAUAGACAACGACCAACUUGUACAAGAUGUAAAAGAUCAUCAACGAUUUGUACGUAUGACCAUGAUUCAGAACUAUCUGUUCCCCCUGAAGAGUCUUCUAAGACUGAGUUUAUUAUUCAGGAGAAUGAAAGUACUUCUUUUGAACCUAUUUUUUCGACAACAACAACUAAUACUACUAAUAGUACUGUAAGAAGUAGAUCACAAGAUACUCCUUCUUCUUCCAUUCCUUGUAUCAGUAAAGAAAACAUUUAUGAGGAAAGAAUUUAUGAACCUGAAACUACUUUAAAACAAACUCCAGAUGUGAUAAAUAAUUGUACUGAAGGUGGAUUUAGCUCAUAUUGCCCGCCUGUUCCGAUUGUAACGCCUGAUAGUAUAAUGGCUAGUGCCAUAACACCGGCAACUACAGCUGUAAAUUCUAGCAUUAAUGGUUUGUCAAACAAUAUGCAUUCUCCUGAAGAGGUGACGAAAUCAAAAUUGUAUGACAUUCCAUUGACCGUACCAUCAUUUAUGAAAGAUAUGAAGAUGGAGUUAUGGGAAGCAAAGGAUACUAUUGUAGAAUAUGGAUGUUUAAGGUUUGUUGAGCCAGCCUUUUCGACACAUACUUUUAUACAAUUGGAUAAGUAUGCUAGAGCAUUAUGUGGUAGCAUUCAUGGAAUUUCUCUGAUCAAACUACAAGAAAGGCUUGAAGAAAAUAUCGCGAAAGAAGAUGGAAUGAUGGUAAAUAAUAAUCCAGAUAAUAUGGAUAUUCUCAGUCCAUUACCAUUUAUCGAUAAAGCUAUUGUUAAAUUUUUGGAAAUUGAUAGCCAUCAAAGUCAAAAUGCGCCACCGUUGAACUUCUUUUAUAAUUUCUAUUCUAUUGAUGAUGACGCAGAUUCAAAGGCUAAUACUUCUUUGUCUAUUUUAAUCAGUGAAAUUGAGGUUAUGCUGGUUGAUAAGAAAGAUAUUGACAUAUUGCUGAGAAAAUUCUAUGAGGAUAUAUACCCAUUUUAUCCUUUUAUGGAGAUUUCAAUUUUUGAAAAGGAAUUAAAUUCAAUUCUAGUUCUAAACUCCCAGAAGAGAUAUCAUAUCAAGAUAAAUGAUAAAGAUAAGAGGUCACAGUUACAGACAUUGGCAUUGUUUUUGGUUAUUCUUUCGAUUGCUCUAAGAAGUUGUCAUUUUGAACCUAAUGAAAUCACGCUUUCUGAAUCACUUGCAAAUGAUUUUGCUAGACAACAUUCAUUAUUAGCUCAUAAAUUGUUAUACUUAUUGAAUGUAUUUAGGUAUACUAAUGAGUAUAAUUUUAUGUGCAUGUUAUAUAUUUAUAUUGGUGAUCAUUUAAAUCCGGAAAAUUUGGAAAUUCAUGUUUCACAAACUGGAUUGUUAACAUUAAAUUGUUUGGAACAAUAUGCAAUUACAUUGGGUUUAAAUAGAGAACCAGCAAAAUAUGAGAGGUUGUUUGAAGUUGGUAAAGAGCAACCAGCUAAGUUGGUGAACUUAAGAAAAAAAUUAUGGGUUGGGGUUCAAAUGUUAAAAUUCCAAGUCGCUAUCUCAGACGGUGAAAUCAAAAAGCAAGAUGUUGAGUAUUGUGAAGGGUUUCUAAAUUAUAGCAACUUAAGAGUGAAUUUAGCUGAAAAUAAUUUGGAGACAUCAUCGAAAUUCGACAACACUUUAAACGUCAUAAUUGAGAAAAAAUAUCAAUUAUUUUUAGUUAUGUCUCGGAUGUUAACAAGUUUCUCUAUCGCUGGUGAAGUUAAUUUGCUUCCAUUAUUGGAAAAGGUUAAAAGAACACAAGAAUUUGUAAAUGAGUCAUUUCCGAUGACUUCCUUAUUAAAUGGUUUGGGAUCUCAGGAAGAUAACAACAAAGUUGAGCAAUUUUGGAGGGGUUCUGUUAUCAAUUAUGGAUUUAUUGAAAAGAGUGAAACUUUCAGAGUUAAUAUUAUAUCGACAUUGGGUCUCAUGAAUGUUUAUACCAUAUUGUUUAUUUAUUUCGAGAAAAAAUCAAAAUUUGAUCCGGAAUCUAAUCAAAAAUAUUAUGAAUAUUUAGUUAUUGAAUACUUCAAGAAUUAUUGUAAGGUAACCAAAAUUGUUAUUGAAUAUUUGCAAGGGAAAUACCUGGCUGAAAUACCCGAGAAAUUUGGAUCCUCUUUUGACAAAUUGAUAUGCUUUACUAUUUUUAGAAUUUGGACACAACAAACUUCACUACUACUAAGAUUAUCUCACCUAAAGGAAUUAAAGAAAAAUGAUGGCGAUUUGGAAUAUGUAGAGUUGAUUUCUAAUAUUUACAAAGAAGUUACAGAGCAGAUGAGAUGUUUACUUGAGCUUGGAGCUGAAAAAUAUGAAGAAAAGUACUAUUGCUUCUAUCAAACAAAUUGUAUGUUCAAGUACAUUUUAUACCUUUCUGACUCAGGUUCUUUUAUUCCUGCAUUGAACAAGUAUUGGAAGAGAGAGCCAGGAAAUACCGAAAUUGAGAAAAGAAUUCACAACAAGAUAUAUAUGAAAUGGGGUCUACAUAUCAAAGAUUCUGAAUUCAUCUUACAAAACCUGAGAAACCCAAAUACGUUAUCGGUUUUAACUAAGCCAUUACUAAUUAAAAUUCAAGAUUUAUUUAAUGACACAUUUAACAAAAUAGAUAUCCAAGAGAAGGUUUCACCAAAUACUGUAUUUCAAUCUAAUUAUGAUGAACAAAUUUUAAAUCAAUUUUUAGAAAACAAUUCGGCAUGGUUCACCAAAAUAAUAGAUGGGCAUUUAGGAGAGCUUCCAAGUUUUGCAACUCUUUAA